ACGAUCUAGUGAGUCGUGGAUACAACAAUGACAUAACCUCAAUUCGACAUCUGUUGUGUUUUAUCGAUCUCGUUCGUUGUAGCUUUGUUUAUUUUAAUCGAUUCGCGAAAUGUGUGGCGUAUUAGUGUGAACUGAAGCAACGUGUUGGUUUUGUAGUUUGUUGUGUGGUUUCUUGGAGUGACAGGUGGUAAAAAGCGAUUUUAAAAUGGCCACAACCUGUUUUGGGCCUCCGCCACUUCCGCCUUCCAACAAGAAGAAGGUGGUUGCGACCAUAGAGCCAUCGCCGAGCAAAAAGUCUUCAAAGAAAGAGAAGAAAGUGGCCAGCGUAGAACCUCUGAUGUCUUCCACCUACAGGUCCUUCCGAGACCCGGUGGAAGAGGACGAGAUAAUAGUGUUGUCCUCGGAGGACAUGGAAGUGAAGCCGAUCCAGGAGAAGAAGGAUAAGAAGAAGUACAACACGAAUUCUUUGACGAGACCGUUGAGUGCGAGCAAGUUGACGCUGAGCAGAAGUCACUCUGAGGGGAAUUUGACGAUUGUGGGUGAAGAAGUGCCUUUGGACCUUUCUCUGCCGCCGCUGGGCUCCGGAGCGCUCAACAAGUGCCUUAGAGUCCUCAGCGGCUCUUGGAAGAACCUUUUUCAAUUGGGGGGAAUGUCCCGGCCCAACAAGCCAGUGGUGCAGAUCAAGAAGGUAGCACCUCCGGCCGUCCCCGACUGUCAGGCAGGCUUCAGGCACUCGGGUAGCAGCUUCGGGUCAGCCGGGUACAGCAGUGCGGGCGAGGACCACGGGUUCACGGACCCAGGCAGAGAUGGUUACGAGGUUGGAGAUGUUUACGGGAUGGCCGGGAAAUCUCCCGGAGGACAGUUCAACUAUCCCGCCUUCACAUUCCCGGGACCACAGUACACCCAGGUAACCGGGGGCAACAAAAGUGCGAUGUACUACCAUCAUCAACUGUCUUUACAAGAGGACCAGGGCAUUGACAUGACUCAGAGCCCAGGCAGAGACAGUCCAGGGUCCAGUGGUAGUGGAUCGCGCCACUCCACCGCCUCUCUAGACAGUGGUCGCGCCAGUGGUUGUCACCUUGCGCCUCAUGCUCACCCUCGGCCCAGCCUCAGCUCCAGCAGCGUAGGCAGUGAUCUGGUCGCCUCAGCACCUGCCAGGGUAGAACGGUUACUGCUGCAGGGUGUACCGGACCAGGACGUACUGCAUGCGUGGCUGAUGGACAUCCGCUUCGAGGAGUACUUCCCACUGUUUUUGUCGGCUGGUUACGACAUGUACACCAUCUCCAGGAUGACACCGGAGGACCUCACAGCCAUCGGCAUCAAGAAGCCCAACCAUCGCAAGAAGCUCAAGGCGGAGAUCGCUCAGCUCAACAUCAGCGACGGCUUGCCUGACUACAUCCCUGGUUCACUAGAAGAAUGGCUGAGGCUGUUACGACUGGAGGAGUACGGCCCUGCGUUGGCUUGUCAGGGCUACAACACGAUAAACGACGUAACACAACUUACAUGGGAGGACCUUGAGGACAUCGGGAUUGUCAAGCUCGGCCACCAGAAACGGAUCCUGCUCGCCAUCAAGAGAGUCAAAGACCUCAGAGCGGGAAAAGUGUUCCCUCCGCCUCACACACCUGUGCUCCUGCCUCACAAUCAGCAGUCCCCAGCCCCUGCCAAAGAGAGUGACUGUGACUGUCCGCGAGUACUUGCCAACGUCAAGAGCUUCCACCAGCCGUGGGAGAUAGAGGCGUCUCGUCGCUUCUACUGCACUACCGACAUUGUGCCUAUCAAGAUCCGAGGGGGCAGAGGGAAGUCCCUGGAGUCUCUGGAGGAUGGGAUGGCCGGAGGAGGAGGUACAAGCAGUUUUUCCCCAACACCGCUACCUCCUGGCUGGCGACCCAGGUCCUACGAUGAUGGAGAUAUCACCCCGACCAACGAGGCACUUCCGCUACACGAGGGAGGUGGAACACUUCCUAGGCCGAGGGGGCUGGUGCGGCCGAGACCCAUAGCCAAGAUACCAGCCACCUUCUGUCCGGCUAACAGACCCGAGGACAUGAUGAUGAACGUAGGCACGUUGAAGAGACUUCCUCCGUCACCACCAAAGAGACAGUCAGAGUGUGUUACCGUAGUGGCAGACUUGCAUUGUCCUGCACCCAACACUUGGGCAGAAAGUGGCUUUAAGUCGAGUUCAAGUACUGAGUCAGAUUCGCUGCCGUUCGCCAAUGAAAAUGCUGGAACGAUAAAACAGCGAGCUGUUAGAAAUGUAACAGAUUUUGUUCCACCCAUUCGAGUUCAACCUCCCUCAAAUGAAAACACCUUGUCUAUAUCAAGGAAAGAAGGCCAGGAGCCCGCUGAUGUACUGAACGACAUUGGUAACAUGUUAGCCAACCUAACAGAUGAACUGGAUGCGAUGCUUCUGGAAGAGAAACGGCAAGGGUUGACAGAUGAAUAAACCUCGAAUCUGUCAAACGAGACUUUCCUUCAUGGAACUCCUUUCCUUACGCAGGGCUUUUUCUUACAAUCAGGAAUUGUUUCCCUUAGAGUAGGGAAUUUUCCCCUAUGGAUGGGAGGUUAUUCUGUCGGUUCAGAAUAUUCAAGCAAUACCUCAUCAUUGGCAAUAGGGUUUCUUGAAACCUUCGCUUUCGUAUAUUUCAUACAUUUGUAAAAUUUGGUUACAGCUUUGUAACUUUGUAUGUAAUUCGCUUAAGAGAUUUGUAAUUUUUCACAUUGAAGGUAAUGUGGGGUUUUUACCUUAUAUGACUUACAAGGCGUUUAAUACUUAGUGAAUUUUACAAUCCGUUUCCAUUAAGUUACAGUUUAACCGGGCUGGGAAGAGUAUAUUAUGAUUUUCGCUGGCCGAAAUUGACCAAAGUCAAAACAGCUCGUUACAAACGUCUUUGUUGUACGGAUGAAUCUGCACAUUUGUACAUAGGAUGUUUAGUUGUGAUGUGUUGAUUACUUGUGUUAUGUUUUGUAAACUGAAACUAACUAUUGAAAUUAAUUUUGGUUCAGUUUCAAGGUCAGUCAGCUUUAAGCUAUUUUUUAUGAUAAUAUAAACAUAGAAGUAUUUACUUUUUAAAGCCAGCAAACAUUUUAGAAAAUCUUUUAAAGCCUUUUAGAACCUAUUUUUGUUGAUCAGUUGCAAAAUAUCAACAUUUUUCAUAAAGAAGUAAUGACAUUCAGUUAUCACGCGACUAUACCGGGUGAUUCAAAAUGAAUGACCCGGUUUUAAACUAACUUUUAUACUAUUAAACUUACCGCUAUGAAAUACACAUAAAAGGAAAUCAACUCAAAGAGUUUAUGCCUGCCAAAGACACAUUAUUUUUAAAAAUCAAUCCAGCAGAACUGUAGAUUUUAUUGUACAAAGUGAAAAAGUAAUCUCCCACUUUUUUUACCACUAGAAAUUUGGAGAUUACUUGAGUCAAUGACGUUUUUGCAAAUAACUUUUAAAUGGUGAGGAAAUCGACCAAAGUGGAAGGUAAUAUUCCGAAAGAGAAUAAUAUUUCCUAAAGUCUACUAUUAUGCAUUUAUUGAAAAUACUCAAUAAAUGUAGCCUAAAUUUGCCUUUAAAAAAAGUGUGCAAUUUAAUGUUUGAUACUGUAUGUCUAUUGUCUACAUUGAAGACGGGGAUUUUCAAUUUUUUUUUUCAUUUUCAGGCAAUUUUUGGCACCUUUCUUUUGAAUAUUUUCAAAAAAUGCAUAAUAGUAGAUUGUAGGAAAUUGUAUUUUCUCUCGGAAUAUUGCCUUCCACUUUGGUUGAUUUCCUCACCAUUUAAAAGUUGUUUGCAAAAAUCUCAAGUAACCUUCAAAUUUCUAGUGGUAAAACAGUUGUAAAUUACUUUUUAACUUUGUACAAUUAAAUCUACAGUUCUGUUGGAUCGAUUUUGUUAAAUAAUGUGUCUUUGGAAGGCAUAAACUCUUUGAGCUGCUUUUUCGUUUGAUGUGUAUUUUAUAGCGGUAAGUUUAAUAGUAUAAAAGUUAUAAAGCGUUAAAACUGGGUCAUUCAUUUUGAAACACCCGGUACAUUAAUUAAACCCAAACAAUUACAGGGUCCCAAUAUUUACAACCACCAACUGGACACCCAUGAUUUUCCAGACCCAUAGUCUGGAUGCCCGAGAGGUUGUUUUGCUUGCCUUCUAAUCUGAAGUUUACUGGUUCGAUCCUAGACAAUAUUAAUUACAGAAUUUUCUGUAUACAGAUCCAGAAUACAUUUUUCAUUUUGCUAACAAAAGUUUAAUAAUUGAUGAUAGAUAAAACAAAGCUUGAACUGUUCCCUUUUAAAAGAUAGGUAUGAAUAAAACAAAUCAGUUUUAUAAACUUUCAUAGGAAUAAACAAUUCAGUUAGUGACUUAAUUUUGGGUAACUGUUACCUAACUAAUGUACCAUUAGUUAUUUCUGCCCGGUUUGUAUAGAGAAUGGUUUUGACACAAUUUUUUUAAAUUUGUUUAUUGAUUUUGUAAAGAUUGCCCUAAAGUAAAAGAAAAUACCCCCGCCGCAGCAAACCUGCAGACUAAGCAAAUUUCAAUUUUUUGCUUGAUUGGAUUUACACAAAAAUAUCUCCUUAAAAAUAUCACAUUUAUUCCCUAUUUAAAUAGCAUUAAUUUAACGAGUACUUAGGUUUGCUGCUACAGGAGGGUAAAAAUGUGUGUUUUUUUUUGUAAAAUGUUAAUAGUUUAGAAUGAAAUGAAUGCAUUUUCCAAAUUUGAUCAAAAUAUGUUCAUAAACAAGCAAACUACAACAGUUUACUAUUCUCCAUAAGAAUAACAUGGUAAUUUUAAAUUUUCAGUUUUUUGGAAUUUUCUCCGUAACCAUUAGGCGCAUAAUAACGCUUUGAUAUACUAAAUUAUUUGUUUUUUUAAGCUCUACAAAAUGGUUUGGAAAGAAAAUGUUAAAUUUUAAGUUUUUAGGGUUAAAAAUGGGAAAAACCAAUUUUUACCCCAUAAAACCCCCCAUAAACACCUGUUCCCAUAGUCCGAUCAUGCUGGUUCGCGAACUCAUUCUAAUAAACGUAGAUUUACACGUUUGUACCAAAUUUCAUCAAAAUCGGAUGAGUUUUGCUUGAGUUAUCGCGCUAACAGACACAUAUAUAAAUAUAUAUAUAAAUAUAUAUAUAUAUAUAUAUAUGAAUUUGAACGGAUGGUGUUUUUGGCCUCUAGGGACCUCAAAACGAAAAAGUAAAUCGGUCCCGGGUCCAGGUCUUUCCAUGAGUACUACGGUAAUAGCUUAUUCCCUAUAUGGGAAAUUCGCUAAAAUGUGUAUAGAUAGAGCUUAAGUAUUGCCAACAUAAAACAUAUUCAAAGUCAAUCUCUAUGCACAAAACCCCUCCCAAUUAUUUAAUCAAAAACUAAAAAUUUGCUUACUGCAUUAUUUAACAGUCCAAUAAUAGCUAUCAACACAUUUUCAACAAUAUUUCGGUUUAUUUAAAGCAGCGCUCAAUACUAAAUGAUGCGAAUUGUUGGCAGUUGCAAGGUUAUGCACUAAGACAUUUUAUUGUUGCGAGUUUGCAACCGACAUUAAAUAUCUUGAGAUACAAUUCUAAUUUGUAAAAGUAUUAAGUACAUACUUUUCCCCUAAUAUUGCAAGGGCACAGAUAAGUACAAAAAUAUUCACAAAAUAAUAAUAACUAGUAUACAUGUUGCUCGAAUUCGAGCAAUUGCAAAGUGUUACAGGAUUUAUUUUAAAACGAAUAACAGGCAUAUUUACAAUUAAUUUAAAAGAGUCAACUCAAGAUUACCGGUCUGUAACUUAGAUCAUUAUUGAUAAACCUAAAUCAUUCCGGCCGGUUUUCUCCUUCUCAAAAUACCUCGCUUUACAGGCAACACAGGUCAUUGACAGAGGGCCAAUUGAGAACGAAAAGUCGUUUUGGGGUAGUGUUAGGGUGCAUUUGUAGCCAAUAGUUGAGAUUGUCCAGGGUCAGGUGCUGACUGUGAUGAGUUAAACCUAUUACGCGCCACUGUUCUGUAGCUGCGGUCGUUAUCACGCCUCCUGUCUAUGUUUCGUUGUCGUCACGUCGGAGGCAUUUAAAAGAAGAAAAAAAAUAAACAAAUUAUAGCUACACAAAACAACGAUAAAUGCACAAAUUUAAGUUACAAUCAUGCUAACAUGAUCCGUCAUAGCGACACAAAACAACGAUAAAUACACAAAUUUAAGUUACAACCAUACUAACACGAUCCGUCUUGGGGGUUAUGUUUAAACAAACUCAAAUAGUAAAUAAACGUACUCAAUGUGUUACAUUGAAUUGAAAAAUAAAUAACAGCAGUUAAAUUAUACAGCUGAUCAAAAUGUAAACAAUUAUGUUCUUCAUAAGGAUAACAUGGGAACUUUCAAAGCCACUGGGGCAGAGCCCAAGGGACUUUUUCAAAAAUGUAAGGCCAGUUUGCAAAUCUACGCGACACGCUCUUUCCAAUGAGACGUCAAUGGAUAAAAUCGGUUAAGAAAUGGCGGAGGAGUUCAACCGACAAAGUUUCAUGUAGCGUAUUAAUUAUAUAGAUAAAAUAUGUCCUAAUCAUGUUUUAGCGAAUUUUUCAUUUAGGGAGUAAGCUAUUCCUGUAGGUCUCAAGGUAAGACCUAGACCUGGGACCGAUUUACUUUUUAGUUUUGGUAAAACUAUUUAGGUACUAACAUUUGAUGGUACAUAACUAACUACAGUUUGAUGUUGUAGAUAUAAAUCGUUGAACCUCUGAUAUUUUUUUAGAAACAUCCUAAAUCAUUUACAUGAAAACAUAAACUUCUAUGAUCGUUGACUUACCUUGAAACUGCUAUGUAAUUUUUGUACAGAUGUUAUUUUUUAUAUUGUUUUUCGUCGGGCAAAAUCCGUCCCGUUGUAAAUAGGUGAAAAAAUAGUUUUGAUAUCGAUUCCUUUCCUAGCUAGAGCAGAUGUAUAUGGUUUGUAGAUCGCAUAAAAUCUUUAUUGUACUUAUGUUCCUGAAUUGUUGGAUGUAUAUUUUAUUUUAAUUACAUUAGUCGUUUUGUUACAGUGUUUCUUGUAAUUGUGAAUAGAAAGACUGGAAUUAAGAAGUUUAAAAGUUCGUAAGAACUCUGUACCAUUCCUAUUGUAAUAAAGUAAUUAUGAUUAAUACAAAUA